AAAAGGGGUGCCGGGCGGGAGCGCGCACGACUCGGGAACGAGCAGAGGUGGCAGUGGAAGCAUGCAGGAGCUCCGGGGGGAGGAGGAGCCGGGUGGAGAGGGCCCCCGGGGGCCACAUGAGGGAGACAUCAAAGGAGAGUCGGGCCCCCGGGGGCCACACAGAGAACACUUGGAUCACGAGACGCUGACGUCAACUGUACUUUAUGUGUCCCAAUUUGAACCUGACUCCGGCGAUGUCCAGGAGUCUCCGCGGAGCCUGGGCCCUGUGGCUCUCCAGCAUCCAGAGCAGUGUCCGAUGGGCCCCCGGGAUCUCCUGACGUGUGUCCGGCCGGUAGAGGUGGAUCCAGUAGGCGCCGAGCACAGGGAUGCUCCAGAGGAGGAAGACACCGAGCAUCAACAAGCAGAGCCUGGAGAUCUGACCAGCACAUACACCUUCAAACCGAGGUUCCCAACGGAUCCUCUUCUCAGACCUCUGCUCAGUGUCCAGGCCAGCCUCUACCCAGCACAGGCUCAGCCCUAUGACCACAGUGCGCGGGAAGCUGCCUUUCUACCUCCAGGGAUGACCCCCUCCUGUGUCCACCUCUUCCCCCCAGAGCCUGCAGAUGAUGAGUUUCCUCUCAUGCUGGACCCAAUCUCUUCCCUGGGACUCCAGGAUGGAGAGGAGGCUGCCAUGGAGCUGCCUGGCUCAGGCUCUUCUAGCCCAGAACCUGGGGAGGAUCUCUUCGGAGCCGAUCACUUGCUGGUCCAUGAAGUCCGCAGAAGAGGCGUCAACAUGACCGAGGGGGUCCCGGUACCCAGCUCCGAACAUGUGGCUGAGAUUGUGGGCAGGCAGGGAUGCAAAAUUAAAGCCCUGAGAGCCAAAACAAAUACUUAUAUCAAGACCCCUGUACGAGGAGAGGAACCCAUCUUUAUUGUGACUGGUCGUAAAGAAGAUGUUGAAAUGGCAAAAAGGGAGAUCCUGGCAGCAGCAGAACAUUUUUCAAUCAUAAGGGCCACCAGAAAUAAGAUUAAUGGAAUUGCUGGAGCUGCACAGGGGCCUCCAAAUUUACCAGGUCAAACUACUAUUCAGGUCCGUGUACCCUAUCGUGUUGUCGGCCUUGUUGUAGGACCUAAAGGUGCUACAAUCAAGAGAAUUCAACAGAACACUCAUACUUACAUUGUAACACCCAGUCGAGACAAGGAACCCAUUUUUGAGGUUACAGGAAUGCCAGAGAAUGUAGACCGUGCUCGAGAAGAAAUUGAAGCCCACAUUACUAUGCGGACUGGCUCCAUAGUAGAUAAUCAUCCAGACAGUGAUUUUCACUCUAAUGGAACUGAUGUUUGCAUGGAUAUGCUUGUUGGAGGUGCAGGCAACAUAUGGUCCAAGCAGCAAAUUACUUGCCAAUCACGCACUGAAAGUCUUGGCUCGUCUGUUGAGAGCCCCUACUAUGGGUCAUCUUGCAGAGAACAAAGUCCAGCAAGCCCUUGCAGGUCUGUUGUAGGUAGAAGCAUUGCACUAGGUGGAAAACCCCUUGGUAGUCAACAUACUGUGGGCAUAGAGGAUUGCGAGUUUGGGUUGGAAUAUCUUGCACUAGAUUCAAAUACACCUACAGCUGUUUGGUCAUCCUUUGAAACAUCCAAUGGACAUCUUCAAACUUUCAGUGGUUGCCACACUCAAAGGAGAAAUAGUGUGUUUAGCGGAAGUUCUACACCGCUGCUCUCCCCUUCUUUACCUGAUCAUGGCAUUGGACUGGAACAUCCUCUUGCUCGUCGGAUACAUAGUGAUCCAGUUGGUAGUAUUUCAUGGCUGCCAAGCAAAGAAUCCUUGUCGUCCUUCUCAAACAGUGCUGGCUAUUCAUCAUCAUCUUCUCUUCCUGGCAGUUCUUCAGUGGCAUCUGGCUCUCCCACUGAAUCAAACAGCUCAGAUGGCCAGCGCAAGAGUGCACGAGACUGCGUUGUUUGCUUUGAGAGUGAAGUAAUAGCAGCCUUGGUUCCCUGUGGGCACAAUCUCUUCUGCAUGGAAUGUGCCAUCCGAAUCUGUGAGCGACAGUUACCAGAGUGUCCUGCCUGCCAUGCCCCUGCCACCCAAGCAAUCCGCAUAUUUUCCUAAUUGCAUGCUUAUCCAGUGACAACAGCCCAUUUGGCAUGCAUUAAAAUCUGCAACACUUUAUGGGUUCCAUAUUUUUAUCAUUUGAUUUUAACUCAAUAGGUGGAUGCUAGACAUUACCUUAAAAAUGAUUAAGAGUAUUGUCAUGGUGGUAACUGGUUUCCCACCCCAGAAAAAUAAAGCUAUGUUUUACAGAACAUUCAGUCACUACUUAAACAUCAUUCGUAUUAGCCAAUAUGUGGGAAUCCUUGUUGAUGGCCUUUUUUUUUUUUUCCCAGUGUUCAGUAUAUACAGAAUAAAGAUACAGUAGAGCUGCACUUUUUUAGAUUUAGUAAAUUUAAAUUUGGAGAAAAAAUAGACAAAUUAGGAAAAAAACUUCUCGCUGUUCAAAUGUUGAACUAUUCCCAUUGCAGUUCCUAAAUGUUCAUUAGAUGCAGGUUCAGCGUAAUUCAGAUUCUUAAAACGGCUGAUCAGCAGAGGAGACCCAAACACAAGACCUUUUGUUGUAUCUUUUAAUCAGUAUUACAAAAAUCUUUUAGAUAAUAUAGCACUAUUGUGUUUUGGAUAUGAUAGUUUUUUUAUUUUUUCCUGCCUGUGUGAAAUGUCCCUUAAAUGCAACAGGAAGUGAGGUGGACAUAUCCAAAGUGAAGGGAAUUCCCUAUUGGGCAGUUGUCCUUGGAACAUGUGCCCACUUUAGACUGAGGGGAAAGCCUACAUUUUUGGGCUGGACCCCACAACACUGGGUGAAUGUUUAGGUGAAAAUGGUUACCAGUGAGAAUGGGGACAUGGCAAUAAAACAGGUCUAACUCUUCCCUACUCUGUCCAAAUAAACAAAAUCCUAGUGAUACACUUUGGGGUCUGUUAAUUAGAGAAUGUGACUUUCACAAACAUUUGCUAGUGAAGAAUCGAUCAUUCCCAUUUGAAACACAUGCAUCUAGAUGGUUCUCCACCAGAGAAUGUAAAAAUCCCAUACCUGGUAUUAAAAAUAGACCCAUUUUAAAAAAGCAUACAGUGUUUUUGCCUUAAUGCAUUCCCUGCAUUAAGGUAAAAAAACCUUCUGUGAUCUGGGUCCCCCCAAAACAUCUACCUGAGCCCAAUCUCGAACCAACGGUGUGCAUAAAAGCAGCAACAGCUCUCUACUCUUUCUUCUCAUAAGACUGAGAGGCAGCUGCAGGAGCCAUUGGCCUGCACCAGUGCCCACUUUGAAAGCAGCUUCCUAUGGUGUCACUUUCCAAAGAGUAGGAGACAGAAGCAGCCGUGAGGUAGGGGGCCCAGAGUAUGUUUGUGGCUGCUCUGUGCAAAACCUUUGCACAGAGCAGGUAAAUGACAUGUUUAUGAUUUAAAAAAAAA